CUCUUCCCCCCCCUCCUCCCACCCUCCUCCCACCCAUGCCCUUCCUGCACCAUGACUAAGCUCUCAUUAUCCCCGAGACGCUGGAGGGACCUGGAGGACGGAGGUGCGGGGUGACAGUACAGGUGGAGGCGCAAGACUAAAGAGGUGCGUAAGAUGAGAGGGCUGUAAACAUUGAGGCGCUUGACCUUAGAAGUGAAGGAGCGGGGCAGUACUUGAUAGACGAUAUAUACGACCAGAUUCCUUCAAAUCUCCAAAAGUUCUCGGGCACAGACGUGGAUAUAAAGGAGGAGAAAAGUCUUAAGAACAGGAAGACUAUUGAAAUAUCAGAGAGGAAUAGUGUGGUAACAAAGAAGGUACAAGGCUAAAAAUCUUCGAAUGCUAAAAGUCGAAGUCGGUAAUCUAAGAACGAGAAGAAGAAGAUCCUAGAUGUGAAACAACAGAGAGGCUCCAAACACAGGUGACGAAACCACCGUCUCCCAGAGCGCGAGGUCAAGUAGCAAGUAGCGAACCAGGCAGGACCAUGAGCACGGUGGCCGACGGUCCUCCCGCUACCCUCACCCUCCUGCUGCUAGUUCUCUCCCUCUUCCUCACGCAGGCACAGCUGGAUGUGAUCGGCGGGGAGGAGGACACUUACCCCGCCGUAUACCUGCAAUCACAGGGCGUCUCCAACAACAAGUCUUUCGUCCAGUGGAAGAAGUCCGUGCCCACCCUCUCCACCCUCACCGUCUGCCUCCACCUCUACCUCCUCCACACUCGCUCCAACCUAAUGCCUCUUCUCAGCUACUCCGUCCCAGAGUUCCCAGAUGAGCUACUAGUGUACGUCAACUGGGACACUGGGGCCGUGGUGGUGGUGUGCUGUGGUGGUGAUGGUCAUGUGGAGCUUGAGGGAGUGUUCACCUUCUCUAUCCUCCACACCUGGGUACACAUCUGCCUCGCACUGGACCUCCAAGCCUGGCGUUACACCCUAAUGGUAGAUUCUAAAGGUUACAGCGGGGAGGUGAUCACACUGUCCGGGGAGGAACUGAUAAUGCAGGGCGGUGGAAUACUCCUCCUGGGGCAAGAACAGGACCUGCAUGGCGAAGGUUUCAACCUCGAGCAGAGCCUCGAGGCCUACAUUGCCAACUUUCUCAUUUACCCACAGUUUCUGAGAGAACAGCUCAUCAACGAGUUUGUCUCCUGUGACUUUAGGAGGUUCGACACAGCCACAGUUUCCUUUGUUUUGAUGACGGAAGACUGGCAAGCUUCUGGAGACGUUGAACUUUUUUUUGUCCCAAAACAAGAAGUGUGUGGGGAACCCCCAAAGACUCACGUCAUGUUCCCAGAGCACCGCACUUUAUACCAGUCUCAAGUGUUGUGCCAAAUGUUGAAGGGAAUGGUCGCCGUCCCAGAGAGUGAGGCGGAGAACAGACAGGUCGUAGAAGACACCAAGAGCCUCGUGGCGACUUGCACCACUGGCUACGGUGUGUACCUGUGGCUGGGGAUCGGUGUAAGUCGUGGGGACGAUACCUGGGAGUACAUCAACCUGGAGACCAACGCAACUAUCCAGUAUAACAACUUCCGCCAUGGAUACGCCAGGUCCAUCUCCACUUUCCGCUGCGUGUUUAUGGACUCGCUGGCGGAGGGCAAGUGGGUGGUGUACCCGUGUAACAUCAAGACCUGUACCGUGUGUACUUUCACCAGUCACACCACACUCAGGCUCCGGGGGCUGUGUGGUGACACGCUGCUCAACCGACAGUUUAUCAUCAACGGUAUGAAGAACAACAAGGCACUGUUUGACGGCAUCAGCCACACCCAGAUCUACUGGGAUAACACGACCUGGGUAAUGCGGGACCUCUUCUUUAGCAAGAUCACCGCCACUAUGGAGAUGACCAACAUUAUGCAAUACCCACUAGGACUCCAACGUUGGAACAUCACAGGUGACUCGUGCCCCACGACACAGCCAGAGCUGCUCUUAACCGCCUGCCGCGCUGACCAGUACACCUGCAACGACGGCACCUGUAUCCUCAAGAUGCAGCGAUGUGACCUGGAGGUGAACUGCCCCGACCAGAGCGACGAGAGACUCUGUAACGCUGUAGUAGUCCCCAGAGACUACAUCAAGGAGGUACCGCCGGCACGGGUGGGCACGGAGCCAGCGAGGAUCCACAUCAACGUGACUAUCUUGUCCAUGCAACCCAUCGAUACCCGAAACAUGAAGCUGACCUUUGACCUGAGUCUUGACCUUAUUUGGCGGGAUCCCAGACUCGACAUGGAGAGCCUGAACUACGCGGAGACUCUUAACGUUAUCCACGACGAGGAGAAUAUUUGGAGGCCGGAGAUCAUCUUUCAGGAUGUGACCGGCACUGAGGCGGAGACCAAACUGCAGUGGGAGACCUUCGUGGCUGUGAUGCAGUCUGGUCCUGACCCUGAUGACAUCACUAGGGUCAGAGAAGAUGAGGUGUAUCCGGGGGAUAAGAAUUCACUGAAGCUGACACAGACGUAUCAUGUGAUAGUGUCGUGCCAGAUGAACCUGGUGUCUUACCCCUUCGACAGCCAGCUCUGUAGUUUCAUUAUACGGCUGCAGUACUUCACCAAGGAUCUGGUGGCUUUCAAAGGCUCCGACAUCUUGGUCGAGUACCGUGGCGCCAAGAACCUCAGGGAAUACGAGAUGAGACACGUGGAGAUGGUCCAGUCCGAUUGGAACAGCCAUAGUGGCCAGGAGAUCAGGUUCCGGCUAGAGAACCUGUCGGGGUUCUACGUGAGCAGCACCUACGUCCCGACCUUCCUCAUGGUCCUCAUCUGCUACUCUACCUUCUACUUUGAGCUGGACGACUUCAACGACCGGAUCAUGGUGUCGCUGACCGCCCUGCUCGUCCUGGCUACCCUCUUCACCCAGAUCACCGAGACUACGCCCAAGACUUCCUACCUCAAGCUCCUGGACACGUGGUUUGUGGCGUGCAUUCUCAUCAACUUCUCCAUCGUCAUCCUGCUGGUGAUCAUCAACUACCAGAAGAUGCGGGAAAGCAGCAACUUGGUAAUGCCGUUCUCCAAGAAGAAGGUGAUGUACCCACCGCCAGAACGUAGCCGCAAGACCAACCUGUUCUCCCAGAUCGUCGUUCCCAUUAUCCUCUUGAUCCUUGUCAUCGCCUACGUCGGCGUCUCCGUCAAUGAGAUGUAAGGAGAGUGUGAAGACUGGGUUAUAUAACUCGUAUAAAAAACCUAUCGACGACCCGCCCUCUUCUUUCUUGUUCUCUCGGAUACUGUUUACCUGUGAGUAACUCAUAACAAGCCAACACCUCACGAUACUGUGCCUUUACACUAAGGAUCACCACACGAUACUGUACUGUGUGCCUUUACACUCAGGAUCAACAAACACACUAUUCUGGCAAGUAUAUUUAUAAAUGUCUAGCACUUGAAAUUAUUUAUCCGUUACCCCCAUCGCCUUUCUUCGAAAAAUAUCGUUAAACUACAGUUUACCUUAAUAAAAAGACGAUUAUAGUAAACAGUAAAAGGAAAAAAAGGUAAUGGUUUUGUUAAAGUGUGGUGGUCACCUGAGAGGUACGAAGGUAGGCAGGACUUUAGUUAACAGCUGCCCUUCUGUUGUCAUGACAAUGUCCCUCUAAACAGCUGUUCCAGGGUUGUCCCGGAUAGCCUGUGUGUGUGCACGAUGAACUCAUUCCACAAUUUCGACAACGCCUUACAAUGUUAUAUCACGGCCUAGUAGAUACUGCACUCUUCCCUUGUCCUAAGGGUCACUAAUCAGAUCCUGGGGUACCCCCAGUCCACCCAGCUGGGGAAGUGAGGUCGGUCGAAUGCAGUACCGACUGUGCUACCUCGUUGUGUACCGAAGGCUUAGUAUACAAUGUACUGUAUCCACACUGCCACUAACGAACUGGCGGGCCUCUGUGGCCCACUUACACGUCUGUAGUUCCCACAGUGAAUGAGCCUCAGUGAAAUUAUAAUUGUUUUUGCUAUGUGAUAUAAAUAUUGAACAGUAUUACAACACAUUAAUAAGACAUCUUGUACCUCCUUACUAAAACAUAAGUAAUAUGUAUUCAAUAGUUUAGGCCAUUUAUCUCAUGUAAACUCUGUCUUUUAAUCCGGCCUCAAAGUAUAUUGUCCACAGGCUUGUGUGUGUACUUCACGACAAACACCAGGACCACACGUGAGCCACACGGUGAUGGCUCUUAACAGUUGUUGUUUUGGUUUGUAGUAGAUUAUAAUGAUGUGUUUUAGAACCAUUCGGGUAAAUUUAAAGAAAGUAAUACACUUCUUUAAGGGUUUAUAUACCCUACACUCAAGAUAUUUAACGUGUCUUUAUUUACUUAUUCAUUUCUCUAUUUUACACCAUAUUUACGCACUAUUUAAUAUAAAAAUAUUCUGUACUAAAAAUUAUUUUCAUGAAAUGUCGUUUUUAUUAUGGAAGAAGAUAAACCACCUUUGUGCUAUUCUAUCAUAUCCUCAGUAGACCUACCCAGUUUAGUAAACAUAUCGCUGCUGCAGCAGACACACCAACACUUAACAAUUCCCAGACACUUGUUUGUAUCGUGUUUAGAUUUCUACACUGAAUUAUAUUGGUAGUGUGGCCACCAUGUAGAGGUGAUACAUUAUACCUGAAUAAUACUCACGGUUCUGGUCUAUGUGUUACUGAAUGUAUACAAAAUAAAGUGUCAAUGUUAA